AUGUACAGUCAUUUAGCUCAAUAUCAAUCAUCUUGUUGGAAGCAUUGGGAUAUUGCCGUACCAAAUGCACUUUUCGAAAAAAAGGAACUGGAACGCAUGAAUCCAAGUUUAUUGGGCUGGUGGGGUCCCGCUAAAGGUGUUCCUAUGCUAGUUUUCGUAGCGGCUAAUAUACACUUUCCGACAAUUAUUCCAGCAGCGAUAAAAAGGAUGCAAGACGUAUUACAAGUGAAAACCAAGAAUAUCUUUCGUGCUUUACACCUGAUACCCGUUAAACCCGAGGGAAAUACACCCAACUUGCCCGUGGAAGUUAAAUGGUUAUUUUUACUGCCAUCCAGUUCACAACCUAUAAUCCAUAUUGUACCAGCUCCACCUAAGGAAUUCAUUGAAGAAAAGACAAAAUCACCGUUUUCGUUUGACCCACCUCCAUCCAUUUCAUCUUACCUCAGUAGUCUAAGUGCAACAGAGAAUCCAUCGACAUCAUUGUACAAUGAAUAUAGUGAUAAAUUGUUGAGAAAUUUUGUGACGAUCUGGACAAAGACAGCUUUGACUCGACAUCCCUUGCAUAAUAACAACUUUAAUAAUCGGAAGGGAAACGAACCUCCUAAACCGUCACCAUUACCCAAUGCGAUACAAUUUAUCUCGGCAGUUGUUCCAUUACUCUCUUUUAUAUUUAACCAGCCAAUUACAGAAGGUGGUAUAGAUUUUAAAAAAGUAAUUACGACAAGCCAUCCCAGUACAAGAGGAAUGAUUCAACAAAUUGAAGUGAUUUUAAGGAAAAAGAUCAAGGAUAAUAUUGAAAUCGAAAAGGUUUUUUCGAAGAGUCAUUCAAUGAAUCUGAUGGAUAAAUGUAAAGAGGCAUAUCUUCAAGAUUCUCCCCCCUUUUAUACAGAACAGUAUCACACUUGGAAGCGUAACAAUGUUAUGAGAAUGUAUCGGUCGCUUGCUCGAGGGCCUUGUAUGGAAGAAUAUGCUGUACGACUGGAACGUGAAUGUGAUUUAAUUUGGAAACAAGGUAGACAGAGUUGUGAGCAAGUUAGCUUAACAGGAAAAGCAUGUCGUUUGAAGAUUGGACAUGAGAAGGAAUCACCCCCACAAAAAACAUCAAGGGACGACAGAUCGAUUGCUGUUGACAAUACAAAGCACAAUAGCGGAUUUAAUUUCUUUCAUGCAUGCGACUGUGGUCGAACCCAAAAAAUCCGUGAUGAUCCAUUCGACAUUGAAGAGGCCAACAUCAAAUUUUACAACAAGUUUAAUUGCUGUUUAGGUACUGACAGAGCCGCAUUGGAUAUUCAAAAAUCAACUUUUGGCGGAUCUCAGCAUCUGGUUUUAAGAUAUGAUGAAAUUCCACCGAACGAUUCCGCCUUGAUUUAUUUGGGACCUUCCAGUAUUUACAAAAACAAUGUCGGUUUGGAUAAAGUUGAGGGUUUUAUGAACAAUACAAAUUUCCUUAUACCUUGGUCAAUCACAACAGUAACCGAGUUGAAGCUACGUCAGCAGGAAGUGAUUAACAAUGCUGUCUCUAUUGACAACAGUGCGAGUAUGAACACAAAAGCAUCGAACGAAGGUGCCAUUAAAAACACGUUUUUACGUUCAUCUUCUGUCAAUAGAGUCAAUCAUGAUACAUCUGAAUGGCCUGUUUUAGGAAAGAAUACGACUGUAUCAAAACCCAACGGCAACAAUACGCCUACUGUUGUCGUGGCUUCACUGGAAGCGUUCCCAGCUCUUGGAUCUACUCCACAACUACCUACUGUUUCUAUACCUUCUACUAAAGUGUCCAAUGUUGUUACAACGCCCACCACGAAUAAUGUCAACAACAGACAAUUAUUUGAUACACGCCGUAGACGUAAUCAUCGUGUGCGUGACCGCAUCCAAGGUCUCAUUCGAGGGUAUGUAGGAGCCGAAUAUGAAUGCCCUCAUGGACAUCGAUUCUUGAGUUGUGGUGAAGGUAGAGUUUGCAAGUUGGGCCAUGUAGGCCAUCCCAAGGAGCAUGGUAAUUACUUUGUACACCAAGAUUUGCCAAUUUUUGUGGUGUGUCCUUGUACAUAUGCCAAUAACACUAGUAGCACAAACAGCGUAGAGGUAACAGCACAGUUACAGCGAUUAUACAUUGUUACCCCGGAAGAAGCUUUGACCAUAUCGAUUGAACCUAAGAUUAAGAUAAAUGUUCCUGGAUCUGAAGAGCCAUCCAUACUGGAUUUAGGCAUCACAGAAAGCUUGUCAUUUGGCCCAAAUGGCGUUUAUGUUUUACGUUUACCAUUUGUAUACCGCGACCAUCACGGAGAACCCAUAGCUGUUGAACCAGAUGUCCAAAAGAGAUUGAAAAGUGCUACAUUACUUAAGGACUGCAUCAAGUUUCAUUAUCAAGAAAGUAAAGCCUGGGAAUUAUCAAUGUAG